AUUCUGUGUUACAAAUCCUGCAAUCAUACAGUAUCUUUUGUGAUUUGAGAAUUUUAUUUUGCGAAACAAGUGAUUUUUGUGCGAUAACAACAACUAGCCCACUAAUAAUACAAAACGCUGUUACAUAAACAAAAUUUAAAUUGAGUGAAAAAUAAAGAUAUAAAAUGGCUCCAACUAUUCAGAGUUUCAUCAAUGGCUUUCAAAAUCGCCUGGAGCCCCCAGUGCGCCAGCACCUGAAGAAUGUGUACGGCACGCUGACGAUGACGUGCGGCGCGGCGGCGGCGGGCGUGUGCGUGGACGCGAUGGUGAUGCGCGCCGGGCUGCUGUCCACCGUGGCCGGCCUCGCGCUCAUGCUGCUGCUCGUCGCCACGCCCGACAACGGCAAGAACACACAUCUGCGACUGGGAUACCUCCUUGGAUUUGGACUCACAUCAGGAAUGGGUUUGAGCCCCCUUCUGGAGUAUGUGAGCUUUGUUGAUCCAUCUAUCAUAGUGACGGCUCUGCUGGGCACAACACUGGUGUUUGUGUGCUUCUCCGUGGCGGCCAUGCUGGCGGACCGCGGCAGCUUCCUGUUCCUCGGCGGCACGCUCAUGACGCUGCUCUCCUCCAUGUCGCUCCUGGGCCUUGCCAACCUCUUCAUGCACUCCAACCUCUUGUACCAAUCGCAGCUGUACCUGGGGCUGGUGGCGAUGUGCGGGUUCGUGCUGUUCGACACACAGCUGAUCGUGGAGAAGCGGCGCGCCGGCAGCCGCGACUUCGUGACGCACGCGCUCGACCUGUUCAUCGACUUCAUCGGCAUCUUCCGCCGCCUGCUCGUCAUCCUCACGCAGAAGGAGGAGCAGGAGCGCCGCCGCAAGCGCGACUAGACGUGACGUCACGCCGCCACCACACUUGUGCAAUACGCAUUAUUUACCUUACUAUACGGGAGUCAAGGAUGUUAUUGGGAUGUUGUGUAAUUGUCUAAUAUUAUAACGUAAGUUCUUUAUUCUCUGUGCACUGAACAUGAUUUUAUACUUGGCACAUUGUGCAAAUGUACAGUGCUGUAUGUAUGAUAAUGAUGUAACGCAUAAUCAAAAGUUAAAAUGUGUUCAGUGUACAGUCGUGAACUGUGUAUUAUAUUAUAAAUUUAUAAGUUGAAAUUAAAACUGAUUGGAGUGAAA